UUGCUCCAGAUUCCAGCGUCUGCAGUGUAUGGGCGACUGGUCAGCUUCAGGACACGGAGGUCGGGUCGCCUGGAGCAGAGACUAGUUCGGACUGCCUUAAUGGUUUUGACCCUGAAACAUCCACUGUCCCGUAUUAGGGAUGUGGGUGAUACUUGAGCAGCAAAGGCGGAUCAGCACGGGUUGGAUCCCCGAUCCCAGUGGCAUUUUUCUUCCCAUGGAAUUUCACCAGUUCUGGGAACAUCGGGAUGUCAGCAGAGAAAAUACCAGCGCAAAUUGAACAGGGUGGGGUGGGAUUUGAACUCCCACCUGGGCUUGGAUAGCCAGUGCUCUAACCACGAGGUUACCAUUGGUAUUGGUUUAUUAUUGUCACUUGUACCGAGGUACAGUGAAAAACUUGUCUUACAUACCGAUCGUACACGUCAAUUCAUUACAGAAAGGAUUGAAACGAUUGCGAGUUUUGAUAUGCCGUUCCUUCGUCUGAGAAGAUGUCUCUAUUUGUGAACAGAUGGUGCUUUCAUGGAGCUAUAUUUAGUUAUACGACCGAGAAACUGGCGGGAAUGUUGAAGACUGUGUUCGAUACUGGAACAGAGAGACAGAUGCCUGGGACUGAUCAUUGAGUGUGAAGAGCGCUGUGCAGUGAGAGAUUAGAUAAUCAAACCCGCCCGCUCGUUUGCAGUUUCUGUUCUUGGAAGUGUUCAGUGCUGUUCGCUCCAUGCAGAGAGUGCUGGGGUCCUCUGGCGCCGGUGCAAGGUACAACAAGCCCUGUGGCGGCUGAAGGUUGUGUCACUUCCAUUUUAACCCCACGUUACCAGCGCCGCAUUCAGCGAUCGGCCGGCGAGGCGCAUGAACCUGAUGCAUUCCGGAAAGUUCAUCGAGUGCCUCCAGUUCUCCAGGGUGGCGUGCCGCUGCUUCUCGCCUGGGAUUUGAGCUACUGAUUGUCCUUUGGCUUUGGAACAUCAGGAGGCAUCCAACAAACUUUUGGAAUUGUGUUGAAUCUGUCUCCCACUUCAGCUUCUCCCGCAAACCAGCAAUUUGUAUUCGCUUGAGAGUCUCCUCCAAGGACUUUUUACCUACAGGAGCUAUGAACCAAAACCAGCUGAGUCCUGAGCCCCAGACGGCACUUAGUCCAAAGCCUUGCAGCAACCUGUCCAGCGGCUGUGAACAAGUCCACUCCUCCAUUGCCUCUCCAGCAAGUGGCUUGGCUGCCAGCCCUUCUCCUGCGGCAGGUUUGGGGAUUGUGCAGAGUGUGGCCAGCCCUGGUACCUACAUCCAGAUUCCCAUCAACGCCGAGGUUCGCUGUGUCUCUACGCUCUCCUUACCCACGGCAGUCCAGAAGAAGAUCUAUGGAGGAACCUGCAACCUGCGCAAGGGCACUGACAGUAGCAAGCCCUCCACUGCCAUUUACAUCUAUCCGGUCAACCCAGUUAAGUUGACUGAUAUCCCCACCAAGCGCCUCCUGCCUUUGAUGCACAAGCCAUCAUCAUCGGUUAGUGUGACUGAUUCCGAGAAGCCCAUUUCCUCACCGGCUGAAGUGCAAAGCAAGGAAACUUCCUCAGGGAGACAAGACACCAAAACGAAUCGGUCUGGAAAGGAAGCUACCGUUACCCCAACACCUGUUUCUGUAAAAUUUUGCAACAACCUGGCCUCUCAGGUGCUGAAAACAUAUGUGAAGCAGCAGGGGAAAGGGGGCAGCAUGGAUGACUUGAUGCAGACUUACUUCAACAGUCCACUGGAGAUCAAGACUGCAAAUUCAUUCAAAGACAACGCACUGCUCCUCUUCAAUGGGCAGCUGUUUUUCCUGGCCCAGAAAGGCAUCGAGGUUCCCACUGGGGCGGAAAAAGGGAAGCUGACUGCAAGGGAAUCGGGGACACGCGAGCCAAAAGCAGUUCAAGGGGGGCCAGGACCAGCCACAGAGCCAGGUUGCUUUGAACAAAGGAUUGAUACCGGUCAAACCUCUGCCAGCUCUUCGACUGCAAGACAUGAGGUCGAUUCACAGGUUGUGAAACGGUUGCCAAAUUCCCUUCCAGGAAGCUGUGUAAGAAGGUCUACAUUUUCUGAGAACAGAGACUUACUGCUGAAAGCGGGCAUCCACUUGGAUGUCAGAGUUCGUCUGUAUAGAAUCUCCUUGAAUGGCAAUGCUGACACUUCAGGUCGUUGGUUGGAACGUCCUGUAAAAAGUGUUCCACAACUUUCUAAAGAACCUGAUCCGGUGAAUUUCGAAGGAUGUCCUAAACUCUCUCGAGAGCCUGAGCUGGUAAAACUUGAGGAAUGUCCAGAGCUCAGCAGGGAAUGUGACCCAGCGGAGUUGAAGGAGUGUCCAGAACUUUCCAGGGAAGUUGAUUUUGGAGGUUUGGAAGAAAAUUCGGAUACCUCAAAGGUUCCUGUCUCAUUCCCAUCCCAAGAAUGUCCAAAACUCUCUAAAGAAUCUGGGCCAGUUGUAAUGGAAGAAUGUGCAGCCAUUUCAAGAGUGCUUAAACCAGAACUGGAGGGGUGCCCAAUUAUCUUGAGGGAGCCCAGCCCAGCAACUCUGGAAGAAUGCCACGGAAAUUCCAAAAACAAUGUCUCGGUGGCGUUGCAAGAAGAUGGAGAUGCCUGUAAAAUACCUAGCUCAGCAGACUUCAGAGAACAUUUGAAACCUACUGUGAACUCAAGCUCUGCAGAUUUGAAGGGCUGUCUUCCAGAAUCUGACGAGGGAUGCCAUAGAAAAUGCAGAACGAAGCGUAAAGAGGUUGAAAUUGAGAUUCAGAGCUCUGGCUGUCUGAACCCGAACUGGGAUGACGAUAAAUCUGGGCCGAACAAGAGGAGCAAGCACCACGGAGAGAUCACUUCUUCCAAAACCUCUGUCGAUUCCAAAAGGGAAACGUGUGGGCUCCUUAAUGUCAAAAAGCCAACGAAUUCUGAGGCUGAAAAUUCUGCCACAACGCCACUGCGCUGUCUGCUCGAGUUGAACAACCAGCAGAGUGAAUCCCCUUCCCAAGAUGGGUUCCAUCCUCCUGAGCAGGAGAAUCCACUGGAAGUGGAUGACACAGUCAGAGACGAGAAAAUUAAUCGCUUGAAGGAAAUUCUGAAGGAGAAACAGGCAGCACUGGAUCGCAUGAGGAAGCGGGUAUCACUGUCCAGCUCUGGGUCAUGUUCUGAAUUGGAGCCGUUGCAGUAGAUGGAACAAACCGUAAACAUUACAUAGUGUGUUAAACACCAACCUGCAAGUAGGUAGUGAGUGGAGAUACUCCAAACACAGGAAGGCGUGAUAAAGAAUAGUAUUACUGAGGGUCAUUGACAGCCUCGCAGUGUUGCGAUUGUCAAUUAUUCCUGCAGAAGUUAGUAACCCAUCCUUAUGUAUUUAAACCCAAUAGUUGUGAAUAGUCACUUUAUUUUAAAAUUUCUACUUGUUUUUUCUUAAAUUCCAAGAUUAAUUUGUAUUUUGCUAUCUGCGUGUAUAGAAUAUUGGAGUGUUUAAUAGAGCACUUUUUUCCUCUUGCCUCCAGAACAAAUCAUUGUUCCACAUUAUUGUUCGAUAUUAAAAGGCUCUUAAAAUAAAUCUGUUGUAGUCAAUGAAAAUUAGCUGGAGUAAGAUUGCGGCUUCAUUGCAAAUCUUAGGAACUUGCAAAAUUGUCAAUUAGUGAUUGUCACUUGUAGUCUUGGAGGUUCUUCGGAUCGAUCAGUGAAUGAAUUGGGGAUUCCAGAUCUUCAACAGUAA